ACCUCGCAACCGCCGCCGCCGCCGCCGCCGCAGCAGCAGCCAUGGUGCUCGCGCGCAAGAAGCUGAAGCAGAAGCUCCGCAAGGUCGUUCCCGGAGGAGAUGCUGAGGCGGUGGCGGAGGUGGGGUCCCCAGAGGAUGGGCUCGUCUCCUCCAAGUCCAAGCGGCCCCGCCCGAAGCGCCCCAAGAAGGUGAAGGAGCCUGUGCAGAGGCGGAAAAGGCAGUCGGAGGAGCAGUUCAGGAGGGAGGUGGAUCUGAGGAGGGAGGAGAGGAGGAAGGAGAAGAAGGAGAAGAGGAGGAUUAGGAGAUUGAUGGAGGCGGCGGCGGCGGCGGGCAAAGUACAGGUGGAACCGGAGUGUGAGGAGGCGGAAGCAGAGGGUGAGGAAGAGGCCGCGGUGGCGGAGGGGGAGCAGGCUCCGGGACCAGACGGAGCGACCAAGGCGAAGAACCAAAAGGUGGUUGAGAAACGCAAGCCCAAGGUGAAGAACCAGGAGCUGCAGCAAGUAGGUGACCAUGCAGUUCGAUCUGACGAUCCCUUCUUGGCACAGGAGAGUGAGGAAAAUGCAAAGAAGGUGUAUGUUGGUGGCAUCCCAUACUAUUCUUCUGAGGAUGACAUAAGAAGCUUCUUUGAAGCAUGUGGCAGCAUCACAGCACUGGACUGUAUGACAUUUCCCAAGAGUGGGAAAUUCAGGGGCAUUGCCAUUCUCACAUUUAAGACUGAUGCUGCUGCACAUCGGGCAUUGGCUCUUGAUGGUGCAGAUAUGGGAGGAUUUUAUUUGAAAAUUCAACCUUACAAAUCUAACCGUGAAAAGGAAGAUUUUGCUCCAAAGAUGAUAGAAGGAUACAAUAGAGUUUAUGUUGGAAACCUGGCAUGGGACAUAACAGAAGAUGACCUGAAGAGGUUCUUUUCUGAUUGCAAAAUCUCAUCCAUCCGAUUCGGAAUAGACAAGGAGACAGGUGAUUUCAAAGGCUAUGCACAUGUGGAUUUUUCUGAUGGUACAUCUCUUGCUGUUGCCAUGAAGCUUGAUCAGAUGGCAAUUAAGGGACGGCCAGUCAGAAUUAGAUGUGCUGUUCCCAAGAAGGACAAUCAGAAGCUCAAUGGCAAUGCAAAUCCAGAUUCAUCAAAGAAUAAGAUACGGACAUGUUAUGAAUGUGGCGCGCCUGGUCAUAUCUCUUCUUUUUGCCCUAAUAAGAGCGCCUCUGAAGCCAUUUCUGAUGGAAAGAAGGCUAAUGUUGACUCAGCCACAUUAUCGUCAAAGAAAAGACGGACAUGCUAUGAAUGUGGCAUUCCUGGCCAUCUCUCAUCGGCUUGCCCAAACAAGAAGGCUGAAGAUGCUGUUUCUAUUGACAAGGGGGCUGAUGAUGAGACAAAGUCUGCACCAUCUAUCACGCCUGAGGAAAAUAAAAUAGGUGAAGAAUCAAAUUCAGCAACCUCCAAGAAGAGGCGGAAAUGCUAUGAAUGCGGCAGUCCUGGUCAUCUCUCAUCAGCUUGCCCCAACAAAGUUGCUGUAGUCAAUUCUGACAUGGAGAAACCUUAUGAGGGUUCAAGUGCUGUUCCUUCAGCUCCAUCCGAUGGAAAUAAGGCUAGUGAUGACUCAAAAUCUGUGCCUGCAAAGAAAAAGAAGAGGCGGACAUGUUAUGUAUGUGGCAUCGCUGGCCAUCUCUCAUCGGAAUGCCCAAACAAAACUACCUAGAUCAAAUGAUUUUGUUCCUGUAUGGAACUUUGUAGCAAUAGUUAAGCGUCCUUCAUUGGACCUGAGUUAUAUUCAUGGAAGCAAUAGAGGAUGUGAUUCAGAAACAUUUUUGCAGGCAAUUCAGUAUGCAAUAGACACUUAUUUUCAUCCUUCUUUUACCUUUGUUAAAAUUGAAUUCUGAUAUCCUAUAGAGAAAAUGAAUCAAUCAUCAUUCAAUCUAUGUGCUCUGCAUUUU